AUGUCGCACGCAAAGUCCGGCAAGGGCAGAAAGUCAGCAAAAUUCACUACCAUACCCCCCAAUCCAGUGUAUCUGGACUUCAAGAGCAGCGAUGGAGACUCGCGGCGCUGGCCUUCCCAAAACCACCAACACAGAACGGUAGAUCACUUGAACCAAAUCAACUGGUACCGCUACAUUGGGCCCGACGAGCCAGAAGCAAUACGCUGGCGCGUCGAGGUUGGUACAGGCGCUGCUGCAGUAUUACAAUUACCUCCGGGCCAGAACUAUGUUCUCCGAGGCUGGCCUAACGAGUAUGCAUUCUACUGCCACGAAAAGGGCAAAGCGGAGAGCCCUCGCCGUGACCAUUAUUUGAUUGGAAGCAGGAUGCGCUUUCGGUCCACGAAAGAAUUCAUCGAGCAUGCCGCAUGGCUCAUUGACGGCGCUGUCAACUCUUGCAAGUGCAAGAAUUGCUCAGGACGCCCGCAAACAGAGGUCUCUCGGGAUCUUGCCGCUAAUGGAAUAAAGACAAGGGCAUCACCGUCGAAGGCUCCGUCUGCUGGACCCAGCACGAAAAGGUCGCCUUCCAAAACCUCUGCCAGACCGUCGACGAGCAAAGUGCGCACGUCGAUGCCACCACCGCCGCCUCCGAUGCCUCUGCAGCCAUCGCCUGUAGAGUCGCCGCCGUCGCCGCCUCCAGCGCCCGCGUUGCCAUCACAGCCCACUACAGAACCUCCGCCACCGCAGAUAGCUCUACUAUGCGAAGAGCCUGCUCCUAUCUCGAGCGACCUCAUACACACACAACGAGCGAUCGAGCUGAAUGAAGCUCUCGUGCCGGACCCCACCAAGAUGUGCCGCUGGUACAGAUUGGGUGAGGUCGUAUGGGCUCAAUUGGAUCCGCCACUCUCUGGGGAGGGUCCACCUAUCAACUUCUGGCCCUGUGUCGUCACGAGCACCGCGGCCGAGAUACCCUGUAGCGACACGCUAGGAUACCAGGUCCGCUGCAUCGUCGUCGACCAUGCACGCGAAAUAUUCCCUGGGAAUCGGCUGUUACCUUACCUCGCUUUCUCGCCGUCUGCUCUCGUCGAUUGGGCCUUGGAGCAGACACCAGCAGACCUCGACUUCCCACAUAGCGAAUUGGAGAACUUCCAGCCGUUCGCGCCGUGCGAGAAUUACAAGCUUGCAGUAUCGGCCUGUGUACAUGCCAUACAGGUCGGAGCGCAGCUUGCAGAUUUUUGGGCCCCAGAUAUGGUUACGAUUCCGACGCCGCCUCCACUCCAUACGCCGAGCCCACCGCUGGGUCUACCCAACCCCUCACCGUCACCCGCGCCUACGCAGCCACCUGUCAACUCAGCCCAUUUACUCUCAGCUAUGACCCGCUGUCAGGGUAUAUGGUGGGGCCCCGAGCGCAUAUGGGCCGGCGACCUGGUACGUCUUCGCCUCCCUCGCAGCGGCCUCGCGCCCCAAGGCGUCGACCAUGUCCUCCCGCCCUCUCCCUUGGGCAAGGCCGGGCUCGACUACCUCGCCAAACUGGGCCUCACACCCGACACCGCCCCCGGACCCCUCGGCGUCCUCACCCGCGCAACAUUCCUCCGCAUCGCGCGCAUCGGGCCGCCCACCGCGACCGAGUGCUGCGCCGCGGGCGUGCUCUACGAGCUCGCCGACGAGGACGUCGGGCCUGGGGUGUGGGACGACGUGCCGGAUGCACCCCUGCCCAAGGAGCCCACCGGCUUCCGAUGGCGCAGGAUCACGGAGCCCGGGUUCGUCGCGUCGGUGCCGCUGCCUCUGCUCGCGGGGCGGUACUACGCGCGGAUGCUGAAGCACCCACUGCUGGACCAUGUCAUGGCGACGCCGCAGGAGCUGACGGCGGAGAACCCGGUGGUGUCGCUGGAGGGGCUGAUGCCUGCGGGGAACAUCGAGACGGACCAGUUCCAGCCGGAUCGCGGAUUGCAGCUGGCGAGGGCGAAGGAGGAGGCGUUCGCCAUGCUACGGACAUACUUCGAAGGGGGCGAUGCGGAUGCGGAGGGCGAGGACGAUAACGAGGUCGACCAGCUCGCGGAGGAGUCAGCUCUAGCUAUGACGAACGGUAGCACCUCAUCGGAGGUGUACUGCAGCGUCGACGGCUGCACACUCCCAAUAGACGUCGUCUUCAAGUCUUCAGACGGCGAGCUCCUGGGCGCGCAUAGCCGGAACCUGGAAAUGUACGGCGAAGGAUUUCCGGCAGCGCCUAACGGUGUCGCCGAUCCUGAAGCCGCCUUGCUCACCGAGCCUGCGAAGACGCUGAAAACUCUUUUGGCGUUUAUGCACCUUGUUCCCCAACCCAGGAUCCGUAACCUGUCGUGCAAGUCUGUCCUGGAGAUUGCCGAAGCUGCGGAGAAGUACGGCGUGCACUCGGCAACGCAGGUUUGUGCCAUAGUGCUCGAGUCGAAGGGGAAGCAGUGCCCCUCGGAUGUUCUGAGGUUCGCAUUGCGACACGGCUACAAGGAACUCGCAAAUACUGUCGCGCCGUAUACGCUGGAGUUCUCCGUUGCGGAGAUGAAGGUCAUGUACAAGGACGACGACUACGCGCUGAUGAAAUGGCUCCUUUACUGCUCCCGCUGGGAAGACCUUACGCGCAGAGCGGCAAAGCCGACCCACUGGCGCGUACAUCGCGGCGGCAAGCUGCAUUGCGACGACUGGCAGGACUUCUGGAUCCCUGUCCUCGGUGACCUGAUAUCGCACGGGAAGAACGCGAUAUACGGUGGGCAGCUCCAGAGCAUCGUCGACAGUCACCUGUACCAGCUGGACGACUGCGAUUACUGCUGCCCCGACGUGCGGUUCUGGGUUAAUACCUAUGAGAAGGAGGCGCAGAAGUUGGUGGAAGAGGGCAUCAUAUACCAUGACCGCCAGCGUACGAUCCUCAUGGAGACUGCAUGUCCGCCGCUUCUCGCUCCUCCGAUGUCUUCCUCAUCUACCUGUAGCCAAGCGCCAGCUCCUGAGUGCAGUGUGAAAGACUGUACGCUCCCCGUGGACGUGAUCCUCAAGUCUUCAGACGGAAAAUUCCUGGGCGCACAUGCGUGCAACCUGGCCACGUAUGGGGAGGCAUUCCCUUGCGUAGACGGCACCGUCGUCGCAAGCGAACCAGUGGCUCUCACGGAGAACAAAGCGACCCUCAAGACGCUCCUCGCCUUCAUGCAUCUGGCCCCGCAGCCAAAAAUCCGCAAUGUACCCUGCACUGAGGUCCUAGCGCUCGCCGAAGCGGCGGAAAAAUAUGGCGUGCACUCAGCCACACAGGUCUGCGCUAUCGUGUUGGAGUCGAAGGUGGCCUCGCAGCCGAUCAGUAUUCUCAGGUUUUCCCUCAAGCAUGGGUAUAGAGAACUCGCGAAUGCCGCCGCACCCCACACGCUUGCGCACUCGACCGACGAGAUGAUGGAUCACUACAAAGAAAACGACUAUGCGCUCAUGAAAUGGCUCCUCUAUUGCGCCCGCUGGGAAGAGUUGACGCGCAACGCAUCGAAGAAGAACUCUUGGCGUAUCCAUCGGGGUGGAUCUGCACACUGCGAAUAUUGGGGAGGUUUCUGGGCUGCGGUGCUAGGUGAUCUCUUACUGUGGGGCAAGGGUGCGAUCUAUGGAGGAAAGCUGCGCACCCUUGUCGAACCCCGCCUUGAUAUGCUGCAUGGUUGUGAAUACUGCACGCCGGAUGUGAAGUACUGGAUCACCUUUUGGGAGAAGGAGGCCGAAGACCUGGCUGCCAAGGGAAUUAUGUAG